AUGGAGACGCCGUUGCGGCCCUGCAUCCUGCGCCUGCGCCGGGCCCUGGCGAAGGCGCAGCGUCUACUGCGUGCCGCGGGCGCCAAGGCGGACGUGCGCGGCCUGGACGAAGAGCACCGCGCCGAGUUUAUAAAGUCGGUUCGCCGCCUGGGGGUUCUGCUCUCCUCCGCGGAGCUGCAGUUGGGGGCGCUGGGGGAGGAGGCCUGUCGGGACGCGGCGGUCGCGGGGAUUAUUUGCUCCGCCAGGGCGUUUUUGGCGGACGCGGUGUCGCCCAAGGGAAGCCGCGGCGGUCUCCCUGCGCCGUGCGUGGGGCUGCUUUGCCGGGAGCGCGCCCCCAGGCCCCCGUUUGCCGUCACUGCCCCCUUUUUGGUGCAGGAGGACCCGCGCUGCCUGGGCGAGCCGGCACGCGUCCUCCCCUGCGUGUAUCACCGGGACGAGGAGCCCGUCCCACGCGCCGCCCCGCCGUGUGCGCAGCCUCUGGAGGCGAUGGCACACUCGCACGCAGCACCGACCGCGGCGGACGAGGAAGCGGCGCACGCGCAGGUGAUGGAAGACAUUCGUGCGGCCAUUAGGGGCAUGAAAGAGGGUGUUAUUCGCAUGAGUGACCUGAUGCAGCAGGAACGCGUGCGACUCGAUGCGAAUGCUGAGUUGCUGCAGCGCGGCGUUGAUGGAACAGCGACGCAGGCGCGUCGCAUGGAUCAGCUGGGGUACGCCUUCGGCGGGGGCCCGCCUCCGCCGCGCUGCCUCCAUAGUGUGCCUGGCGCAGAGCUCUUUUGGCAGACGGUUGUAGCGCCCAUGUGGGCAGUUCUCAGGCAGGCCGUGUUUUUAUGCCUUAUUGUGGCUACCACCUGCGGUGUGCUGCUGUUGAUGGUGAUGGCCCCAAAGACGUACGUGUAUUUUCGCUAA